AAUAAAUAGUGCUCCGUACAGGACAUGAAAAUCUACUGGAACAACAAAUCAUGAAAUGGAUUCCCGAACGCUAUAUGGACGGAGUAGACGAGAUCGAAUGAUUUCAGUGGCGAUUGCUAGAAGAGGUUCUGGACAUCCGACUAAAGACUUUGGGAAUCUCCAAUUGAGAUGGCUGAGGUCUCCAUUUUGACUCAAUGGUUGCUCUGCCAAUCAAUAUCUUUCGGAUCUAUCCUACGAUUAGAGUUUUGUAUGCUUUUUUUAAACCCUUUCCCACAUCUACGACGCCAACGAUGAUAAGAUGGUCCCCUGGACCCUCUCUGCCUCUCCCUACGAAGUUUUUUCUCAAAUUUCUUCAAAAUCCCCUCGUUUGUUGAGUGCACGUCUCUCUUUUUGGCUUCGGCAUGUCAGAUCUUUCGCCUAGACCCGAGAGGGUAGAGUGAGCUUAGCAUCCGAGCUAUCACAAUCCAGAAAAAUCCAAUUCGGUCUAAACUUUGUUUCAAGCGUUGUCAAACCUCGAGAACUGACUCUACAAGAACUUGGAGUGUAUGAUGAACCGGGCAGUUAUCCUGUGUAUGGGUGAUGGGACCUGGAAGAAUAUGGUAAGAUGGUGACCACCAUUUCAUUUACCUACAUGUACAGUAAUCAAAUGAGGAUUCUGACCGUCCAUCGACUGUAACUUUCUAUCUCAUCUCCAUACUCCGUAUAUUCUACACGAAGGAGGCGUCAGAGAUGCAACAUUGAGGUAGCAGCGAACCAGGGCAUCCCGUCCUGCAAAUUGCAAUGAACUCAAUUCAACCUCAACCACAAUCAAUUCUUAUCGGAGUGAUAAUAGAUGAUCUUCAUCAAUGAUUAACGCUAUGCUGCUUACGUUCGCCUUGUACCACCCUCCCGUGCCUAACUAGAUAUCUACCGGCAUUUCACAAAUGCCUUCUGUCGAAACAAUUUCGGAUUGAGAAUAUCUCAACUAUCCUGUCUGGUACAAUGUGUGUCUACAUUCGCACCGCAUAGAUGAAUUACUGGUGGACCUUGACAACGUGCCAACGAGAUCUGAGACACCACCAGGUACGAAGAUUGUAUGAUAAGAUAAAAAAGCAAUCAACGAACAGCCGCCAUAUGCGAUUAACAUUUAUGCCCCUCAUUUUCCACCCCUCCUUCCCCUCAUCGUUUCGCAAUUUCAUCAUUAACUUGGCACCAAUACCUACUUUCAUUUACAACAUGUAUUGAUUGAGUAGGUGCUAUCCAAGCAGUGUAACCCACGAUGGCUUCUUGAUUAAAAAUUCCUCGUAUCCUAUCCUCUAAUAGAACGGCCCAUCCCUCCGAUAGCUGCAUAUCGACAUUCAUGCAAAAACGCCUCAAGACUCAAGAGUCAACACCACACGCCUGCAGCGGAUGAAUUUCCUUUCGGAUCUCUUUAUUGGUCAAUCCGAAAACGUUCUGCAAAUCAGCGCAUGCCGACAUAUUCCUCGCAUACCGCGCCCCCUGUUAAGUAGUGAAACGUUUUGUUGUGAAAUUGGAGAUUUGUCAGUGUCGGAGAAGAGUUGUCAUCUCAUGUUCUAUGUAUGAUUAUCUCUUCUUCUCUUCCUUCAAAGCUUCCUUUGAGCCGUCAACAAUUAUUUGCCACUAUCCUCAGGUUACAUACAUCCUUCACCAUUGUGCUUUAUGAUGCGGAUUUGAUGUACUGCGAGGGAAAGGGCAAAAGGUCGUAGAAUUGAUCAGGCUCCCGAACGAAUUAUAGAGCCCUGGCUGGCAUUCAACAUCUGCAGAUACAUGCUUUGGGCAAAAUGGCACUGUACCACCAGUAAUCAUAGGUCGGCAAUGGCCGAAGGAUGACAGCCCAAUUAUCAAAAUAGAGAGAUUUAACUUGCUUGCAGUCUCGCCUUGCGGCAACUUGCAUUUCGUGAAUGUAAAUGCAAAUGCGAAUGCAAUUGUAAAUGUGUUGCAACAGAAUUACAUUUUUGGAUCUUUGGAACAAUCGUGGAAGACAUAUGGAACGUUGCUUGCAUUGCAUCUUCAGUUGAAUUUUGAACACAAAGAUUCUAUGUCGGCAUAUUGAACACAAAGAUUCUACAUCGGCAAUGGUACAAAUUCACCCAAAUGCGGAUUUUUGAUAAAGACCUCGGGAUACCUACGAGAUAAAGAUGGACUUUCACGCUUUGGUAGCCUUCUGUGGCUCUUGUGGUAAGCUUUUUUUGUAAGCGAGCACUGACCUGGUCAACCUCGAAACAUCCAUCUGUAAAACAAUAGUAAAGGCCAAUAGCGAAUCAUAAUCGAAGAUCAUUGUAUUCCUGGAAUCUUAGACAAAAAAAACAACCAACCCACAUGACUUUCACUAUCAAAGGAAAGAAGACUCACCAUAGUGUGAAGUUCAAUCGACGUGCAAUGGAAGAGAAGAAGGACUCGAAUAAAAAGUCUUCAUCUCUAUCUCCUUCCAGCAAACUAGAUCAACUUUUGAAUGAUGAUUCGCUAGAAAAUCAAGCACAAAAAUCUGGUUUUAUUAUACAAGAAUCUUCAUCAUCCCAAGCAGAUAUUGAGGCUGGAACUGAUGAAGAUAUAGUUUACGGCUCAUCCCGACCAAUCACAGCAGAGGCUUUUAUGAAUAUGAUUCCCGAUACCUUCACGGAGUAUCCCCUACUCCACGAUCAGUUGCAGACUCAGACAUCUCAUCUUCAAGAUCAAACCAUUCAAGAAUGUCUUCCUUUUCUUUCGGGAAAAGAAGCUGGAUUGACCUAUAAUCCAUAUGGGGUUCCACAUCUGAAUCGAAAAAAGCAUAUUCAGUUCCUUCAUAAGAAUCUACAAAAGUUGCCCUCGGCAUAUGUCGCUGCUGAUGCAAGCAGACCAUGGAUGUUCUACUGGGCAUUGGCUGGUCUCUCAACCCUGGGAGAAGAUGUAUCAUCAUAUCGACAAAAAAUCAUUUCAACAUGUCGACCCAUACAGAAUGCGACUGGAGGGUUUGGUGGAGGAAAUGGUCAGAUGUCACAUUUGGCCACUACCUAUGCAAACAUUCUAUCAAUUUCCAUGGUAGGUGGGCAAGAAGCUUUGGAUAUCAUUGAUCGCAAAGCAAUGUGGAAAUGGCUAGGUAGCUUGAAAAUGUCUACUGGGGGGUUUAGAAUGGCUGUAGGUGGCGAGGAAGAUAUUCGUGGUGCAUAUUGUGCUCUGAUUCUCAUUACACUCCUAAGUUUACCUCUCGAUCUUCCCCAAGAUGCUCCGGCGAGAUCAUCAAACUAUACUACUUUCAUCGAUGGACUUCCGGAAUGGAUCUCGAGAUGUCAAACAUUUGAGGGCGGUAUAGGUGCUCGACCUAAUGUCGAAGCCCAUGGCGCGUAUGCGUUCUUAGCAUUAGGCUGUUUGUGCAUUUUAGGUGAACCACACAUCAUGAUACCUCAGUAUCUUGACGUACCCGGCUUUAUUUCAUGGCUAUCAGCACGUCAAUAUGCGCCGGAAGGCGGCUUCUCAGGUCGCACGAAUAAGUUAGUCGACGGGUGCUACUCCCAUUGGGUUGGAGGAUGCUGGCCUCUAUUAGAAGCGUGCCUUGAAGGUCCAACGCAGCAAACUCAAACAGGGCCAUUCUCGAAUCCAGAUUCGGUAAAUCUCUACAGCCGCGACGGUUUGAUCAGGUACAUCCUCUGCUGUUGUCAGGAUACAGGAAAUCGGGGUGGAUUGAGGGAUAAGCCCAGCCAUCGCUCUGAUUCGUAUCACACAUGCUAUGUUUUGGCAGGUCUUAGUUCCGCACAGCAUAAGUGGCAUUUCAACACGUCUGCACAGAAAACGGAAUCGAGUGGAACGCUCGUUUCACCGUAUCAAUGGACGGCCGAGCCUUAUGUUGAGACAACACAGAUAUAUGAUGAAGAGGAUAGGGUGGGGACUCUCCACCCGGUUUUCGUGAUACCAGAAGGCGUUGCUGAGGAGACACGGGCAUACUUCGCUUCAAAAGGGACCUUUUAAAACGUACCAACAUUCUGAAUAUAUGGGCUGAAUUUACAUUGGCUCGGGAUUGGUAUUUAUGGGAUGAAAAGUCUGCACAUAUAGAUGGCGCCAGUUUCACACUUCGUCGGCGACGAGGGUGGGUUUUACGUAUCACGUGAUGUACAUAAUCUAUUUUCCCGCGAGACAUAUUCAACGAUGCGUUAGUUAAGUCCAACCGAUCAAUUGGAUCUUCCAUUUUCCCGGUGGCUGAGCUU